AUGGAAAAAGGCAAAAACAUCAAGGGAGCUGUGCUGUCGGGCGAAGCCGCUGAUGUCCGAGAAGAAGACGUGACCAGCUGGAAGGAACGCCUUGGGGAUCUGUGCAAAGGGUACGAUCCUAAGGACAUCUUCAACGCGGAUGAGACCGGGUUGUUUUUCCGCACUCUUCCGAACCGUUCUCUCGUUGUUCGAACGGAUUCGUGCAAAGGCGGUAAGCAAUCCAAAGAGCGGAUCACCGUCUUCCUAGCAGCCAGUGCCAUGGGUGAGAAGUUGAAGCCGUUGGUCAUUGGUAAAUCGGCUAACCCCAGGUGCUUCAAAGGGGUCAAUAAAACAGCGCUGGGCGUGCAGUACGAGGCCAAUAAGAAGGCGUGGAUGGUGUCGGAUCUGUUUCGUAGUUGGCUGAAGUCUUUAGACAGGAAGUUUGCUGCAGCGGGACGCAACAUCCUGAUGUUCAUCGACAACUGUCUGGCUCAUCCAACACUCGACCUUGAACAUGUUGAGUUAGUAUUCCUCCCCCCUAACACAACAUCGAGGCUGCAACCCAUGGAUGCAGGGAUAAUCCAAGCUAUGAAGCUGAGGUACAGAAGGCGCAUUGUGCAACACUUGUUGGCAAGAAUUGAUCAAGAAACACCUGCUUCAGAACUGGCCAAACAAGUGAACGUUCUGGAUGCCAUCAUGUGGCUUACAGCAUCAUGGAGUGAGGUGCAGCCCACAACAAUCCAGAAGUGCUUCAGCCAUUGUGGAUUUGCAGUAGAAGCACCCUCAUCAGAGUUGGAUGAACCUGAAUUUGACGAGCUCCCUGCUGCAGAGAGUGUCCUUGGAGAUCAGACAUUGCCGGAUUAUGCAGCAAUAGACAACGAGCUUGGAACAAACGAAACUCUGUCUGAUGAUUGGGAGAAUAGAAUCUUCCAAGAAGCACGGGGUGAGCCUGAUGAUCAUGAUGAUGCGGUCGAUGCCAGUGGGGAUGAGUGUGAUGCUGAAGAGUCCACUGAGUCCACAGAAGUCAGAGAAGUAUCCGGCAAAGAAGCAUUGUCCUGCAUCUCAACAUUGCAACAGUUUACGUUGCAGCGUGGCUUGUCUCCCAUGGCAAUGGACGUAGAGAAACUUGGUGCCUUCGUGAACAAACUUGAAGCCCAGCGCAAAGAGAAGCUUCAACAGGGAACUCUUGACUCCUGGCUUCAGAAGUAG